AUGUUUGACGCCAGCAGCGCCCUAGGGCGCUCGGCUCCGCUGGCGCAGGACCGACCCUCUCAGCCGACACUUGGGGACCGUGAGCCCGGGAAAUCUGUGAAACCGAAGCUUUUGCUUGUGAAUAAAUCCAAGGCUGGAACGUCCAAGGGCAGGGUUGGCGCCCAACACGAACCACCUUCGUGGCCAGCGAGUGUAGCUGAAAAUGACUCGCGGAGUGGUGGUAGGAAAGCAGCCACCCGCUUGCCGGGGAGGUUCGACAAUGACGACACCUCCUCCCCCCUGAACGCGGACUCCCCAGCCAAUAUCUUUGUCCUUAAGGGGAUGCAGCCGCCGUCCAAACAUGCAGAGCCUCCCAUGCCCAGCGCGACACCUCCGGCACGGCAGCCAGUCCCUCCUGCCUCUGGCGUUGGAGAUUUAGGCAGGACGGAUCGGCUACUGCUUCAGAGAAGGAGCUCAGACUUGUUCAGAGCGGGACAAAGGCACAAGACGCAGCACCCAGAGAGGGACUCUGACGAGGGUUCUGUUCAUAAGUUGGAUGUGUACGGCAUAGAUGGGGAACAGGCAGGUAUCGGGGCAAUCUCUGCGGCUGACGGGUUCUUGCGCUCGGGUUCUAAGGUGUUCAUUCGGGACGGCGAAUCUUCUCACCGCAAGUCACUAGACUUCCAAGGGCUAAAAAUGAUGCAGGUCAUUGACCCUUCGUUGCUUGGUAGGGUGCUUUUACAGCAAGUUCAACCAUUCCAGCUUACAGGUCGCAAAGGUAUCACCCAAGAAACCGUUCUGGUGCAGGACGAGCGCCCUAGCCUUAGCCUUGUCAAUAGACACAGCGUUCUGAGCGCCGACGCCCACCUAGACAAUAAGGCCAACGACGUGGACGAAGCGAUUGACAGCCUAAUGUACCUUCCGUCUUGCAACGACGCAGCCAUCCUAGAUUGUCUCCAGCAUCGCUUUCACCGAGGCCUCUAUUUCACGUCCUGCGACAACAUGCUGAUCUUUGUUAAUCCCUGGGAGUCUCAUGAAUCUGCCGUUGGUGAGGUUUUCAACCGCAGGAAAGCUGUGCAGUACUGGACUGCCCAUAUUGCAGAAUUGCCUUCCCAUCCUUACCUGGUGGCACGCCGGGCUUUUACGAAUGCCAUGAAACAACACCGAAACCAGCUUGUUCUCACCUUCGGAACCUUCGGUGCUGGGCAAGACCGCGUGCACCACGAGCUGGUGAAGCUUUUUAUACGUUUCGCGCUGACCAUGGAAGACACCUGGACAGACGAGGAGGCGCGAGCGGCUGAAAUUGAGAGAGAUGCAGCUGUUUCCCUCUUAGAGUCGCUGCAUAUCACACACCGCGGGGAGCUGUUUGGGGGACGAUUAGUGGACCUUUUCCAAGUGGAGCUGGAUGCGGAGGGGGGAGUUGUGGGGUUUAGCUUUUUACCCAAUUCAUCGUACGAGCCAAGCCAAGAUAUCGUGUCCUGGCAAAUGCGGCAAUCUCUAAAGUCUGUUCCCCUACCCAAUCUGUUUUACCAUGUAAUGUAUGGCAUCCAUUAUAAUGUGGGAGAUCCUGUUUUGGAAGUGGCGGGCCUUCACCCGGCCGAUGUGACGGCAUUAAUGCAUUAUUUUCCUCUCCCGUUCAACACUUAUGAAGAUGCUCAGUACGAGAAAUGCCAGCAGUUUCUCUCCGACCUUAGCACUAUCGGACUAUCCGACAGGCAGAAGGAGGAGUUCCUGCAGAUUCUAAGUGCUAUUCUUGUUGCAGAUGUUGCCAGUUACAAGAUCCAUAACGAAUUACCGGAAGAGGGUCAACAAGCAGCAGAACAAGAGUCGGAUGUACCUGCCUCGUCAGCACCAAGGGUACGGCGCAUAAUGAAGCAGAAGGAACGAACGGUUGAACACGCCUUUGUUGUCGGCAGCAAGAGCGCGAUGACUUUGGCGGGCUUAGACAUCAUUAACCUGCUGGCGAAUCUCUUAGGUAUUGAUGAGACUGUACUGCGCGACAUAUUCAACGGUCCGGACUUUUGGCAAGUGCGAUUUUUGGCCCUGAAGCUAUUCGUACGGCUGCGAUGGUGGCUUUUGGGAAUCAUCGGACAAAGUCUGAGGCUAUCCAAAAGCACUGAAGUUCAUAAUCGCAUCACAUUGCUGAAGGCAGCUGGCUUGGACUUUCGACAUACCGGCCCUGAUUGGGCUUUCAAUCAGCUGCUGCACAACUACACGGAAGAGUGUUUUCUUCACUUGUUCGCAUCCUGGGCAUUUACUCUUGAUCAAGCGACGUAUCUCUUGGAAGACGUGGAGCCUCCUCCGGCAAACUUCCAUAUGAAUGAUGAAAUACUAGAUGUCUUCACAGGGCCAGACGGGAUAUGGCAUAUAUUAAAGCACGAGCACACAACGCGAGGCGGAGAAGCUGCGGAUGACUUGUCAGAUGGUGUCCCAUUGGCUGCAGUUUCCUUCGUCGAUAAAAUUCUCAAAAGCAAAAGUUGCACUAACAAAAUACGACAAGUUCCAGGCUACAAACCCCCGAAGCCAGAAACACUCAAGCCGAAAAUGGCCGUCAGAGUGGUUAAGGCAACUGCCAAAGCUGCAACAGUACGCGCAAGCUCCCUUCGCAGGAAGGCUUCAGAUUUUGACGACAGUCUCUGCCGAUUCACAGUGGUGCACACGUCCGGCACGCUUGUCUACGACGCGAGCAAAUUCUGCACUAGCGAUGCAAACGCCUACACUGUUGCUCCCAGACUUCGGACGUUGCUUUUGCAGAGUAAGUUAGAGCUUCUGCGAACGCUUGUUCAGCAUGAGACUGCCCACGACGUCAUCCCAACUGACUGUCUGCGCAUUAGCGUAACCAAUCGGUUGAUUCACUACGUCAAAGACAGCCUUUCGGAAGGAGAGGCAAGCCUCAUUGCCCACGCAGCUCUCCCGAGACUAGUUGGAUUCUUACACACAAAUGCGCAUCACAGGCGUCACAGAGUUUUAGUUGGCGCUCUCAGAGGGGCUUCGAGAAGGUAG